AUGGCGGCGCAGCAGCCGUGCGCCGACGGGCCAGAGGCCAAGCCGCUCGCCUCCCCCCGCAGCAGCCGGCCGGACGACUCCUGGAUACGACCCGAGGGCGCCGAGGCCGCCGAGGACGCCGACGCCAGCGCGGGCAGUGGCGCUGAGGCGGCGGCGGCCAUGAGCGAGGAGUGGGCUCCGCCGCGGCUGUACGUGUGCUCGGGCAGCUUCCCGCCCACCGCCAAGAUCGCGGUGCGCGCGCUGCCCUGCCGGACCGCCGAGCUGCUCGGCAGCCUGCCUCACGGCACGAGGUUCCAGGCGACGGGGCAGCACGGCGACUUCCUGCGGUUCGCCCUCUCCGGCGGCGCGGGCGGCCGCGUGGCGUACGUGCCGCGCGUGCUGGACGGCGUCGAGCUCCUGGUCCCGGGCGACGCCGAUCGCGCCGCCGCCGAGGAGGCCGCCGAGGCGGCCGCCCCGUCGCCGCCGCGCACAGCGCGGGCCCGGUGUGCGCGGGUGCUGCUGGAGCCGCCCGGCUGCGGCACGCCGCCGCGCCCGGCGACGGCGGAGGCCGAGGCGGAGGCGGAGGCGUGGGCCCCGCCGCGGCCGUUCGGCUGCUCGGCCAGCUUCCCGGCCGCGGCGCGCAUCGCGGUGCGCGCCGCGCCGAGCCAGGAGUCCGAGCUGCUGUGCACGUUCCCGCACGGCUGGCGCUUCGACGCCACGGGCCGCCGCGGCGAGUGGCUGCGGCUGUCCCUGCCGAGCGCCGAGGGGCCCCGCGCGGCGUGGGUGCCCCGCGCCCUGGGCGGCGUGGAGCUCCUCGUGCCUUGCCCAGAGGGCAAGGACGCCCCGCCUGGGCCGCCCGCGCCCGGCGACGAGCCGCUGGCGAGCACGCCGGAGGGUUCGCCGCGGGCGGAGGCGCCGCGGGCGUCCCCCGGCGCGGCGGCCGAGGUCGAGGCGUUCCACACACCGCGGGGUCGGCAGGACGGCGCGGCGGAGCCGCCGCCGCAGGGCGGCACCGGGGCGGAGGCUGGGGAGUUCCAGGGCCACGCCGCCGUGGCCCCGCCAGGGCAGGCGCAGCCUGGCGCCGGCCCCGAGGUGGAGGCCGCGGCGAGGAGCGAGCACCAGGUAGCGGAGUUCCAGCAGUGGUGGGAUGCUGGGCACGGAGCGGGCGCGGCGGCCGAGCACGCCGUGCUGGGCCUGAUCGACGUCUGCCAGCUGGCGCAGAUCGUAUCGGCCGGCGCCGGAUACCACACCAUCUUGACGCUGGACAGGCUGGAUGCGCUGCAGAGGAGGAUCGCCUCGGACGGGCGCGCCGAGCUGGACCCCCUGCGCCGGGCGCUCCAGGCGCGCGGCGGCGCCAAGCCGCAGGCGCGCGCCGUCGGCUCCCUGCUCUUCAGGGAGGCCCUCGCCCUGUUCCUCGGGCUCCGCCAGGGGCGGCCCGGUGCAGCGCCCGGCGCGGCCCUCGCGAGCUCCCCGCGAGGCCCGCCGAUGGGUCAGGCGGGCGCCGCCGUGGCCGCGGGCACGCCACCGCGGCGAGGCGGUGACGGCGCCGCGGCGGCGGGCGCGACCAGCGACGCCGCUGGGGCCGCGGCGCUGGACGAGGCCUGGGAGCCUCCGCGGCCCUUCGUCGUGUGUUCCGAGGAUGGCUCGGCGUGCGCUGCGCGCCCUGCCACCAGGGCGAGCUGCUCGCCAGCGUGCCCCGCGGCACCGAGCUCCUGGCGACGGGGCGCCACGGGGAGUUCCUCUCUGUGCAGGCCUUCGGUGCCCGGGGCGAGCCUCGCGCCGCCUUUGUGCCCUUGGCCGCCGGCGGCGUUCAGCUGCUGGUCGAG